UUCAGACAUCUUGCAUUUUAAUAAGUGCGGAUUGAAAGAAAAUGUUCUUGUCAUCUACUGUGUAAAUUAGACUGAUAUUUAACACUGCCUGAGCCGUCGGGAUCGCAUCGUGUGGUGUUUUUUUCCGCAUUAACGGCUGUGCAGCGGUAGCACCGUGCCUUGCGUGCCAAUCCAGCCGAGUUUGGACCGUCUCACACGGGGCUCCGGAGCCUUAUUGUGCGUAAUCUCCAUCGCUGCUGAUUUUUUAUAUCGUACAUCUGAGGACCAUGGCGACUCCAACCGCGGUGAACCCGUCAGAGAUUGGAAGUGAGUUGCCAGGCACAGUCCCAAUGCAGGGAGCCGUUGGAGCCAGCCAAGUGAGGAUGGCAGGAGCCAUGCCAGGCCGAGGGGGCAAGAGGAGAUCUGGAGGAAUGGAUUUUGACGAUGAAGACGGAGAAGGACCUAGCAAAUUUUCAAGGUAUGAUGAGGAUCAGAUUCCUGGUGGGGAUAAGGAGAGAUAUGCCAGAGAGAAUCAUAGCGAGAUCGAGCGACGCCGACGCAACAAAAUGACCCAGUACAUCACCGAACUGUCAGACAUGGUUCCUACCUGCAGUGCCCUAGCGAGAAAGCCUGAUAAGCUCACCAUACUGCGUAUGGCUGUCUCCCAUAUGAAGUCCAUGAGGGGAACGGGAAACACGUCCACUGAUGGAGCUUAUAAGCCGUCUUUUCUCACUGAACAGGAACUAAAACAUCUGAUCCUGGAGGCAGCUGAUGGCUUCCUGUUUGUAGUCGCUGCAGAAACGGGCCGGGUCAUUUAUGUGUCAGACUCGGUGACACCCGUGCUGAACCAUCCACAGUCAGAGUGGUUUGGCAGCACGCUGUAUGAGCAAGUGCAUCCCGACGAUGUGGAAAAGCUGAGGGAACAGCUCAGCACUUCAGAAAACUCCAUGACAGGACGCAUUCUGGAUCUGAAGACAGGAACAGUGAAGAAGGAGGGUCAGCAGUCAUCGAUGAGAAUGUGCAUGGGCUCCAGGCGGUCCUUCAUUUGCCGCAUGAGGUGUGGAAGCGCUCCUCUGGAUCACAUCUCUCUAAACCGUUUGUCCAACAUGAGAAAGAGAUACAGGAACGGGCUUGGACCGUCAAAAGAGGGAGAGGCUCAGUACUCAGUGGUGCAUUGCACUGGAUAUAUCAAAGCCUGGCCCCCUGCAGGUAUGACUAUACCAGAGGAAGACACAGAGGCAGGCCAGACUGGAAAAUACUGCCUCGUUGCUAUUGGAAGACUGCAGGUGACCAGCUCUCCUGUCUCCAUGGACAUGAACGGCCUGUCGGUGCCCACAGAGUUCCUGUCACGUCACAACUCGGAUGGCGUCAUCACAUUCGUCGACCCACGCUGCAUUAAUGUCAUUGGUUAUCAGCCUCAGGACUUGCUGGGGAAAGAUAUUCUGGAGUUCUGCCACCCCGAGGACCAGAGUCACCUGAGAGAAAGUUUCCAACAGGUGGUUAAGUUGAAGGGUCAGGUUCUUUCUGUAAUGUACCGUUUCCGGAUGAAGAACAGGGAAUGGAUGCUGAUCCGAACCAGCAGCUUCACCUUCCAGAACCCGUACUCUGAUGAGAUCGAGUACAUCAUCUGCACCAACACCAACGUCAAGCAGCUACAGCAGCAGCAGCAGGCAGAGCUGGAGGUUCACCAAAGAGAUGGACUGACUGCCUACGAUCUCUCACAGGUACCAGUGGCCAGUGUCAGCAGUGGCGUGCAUGAGGCGGGGAAGAACAUCGACAAGACAGAAGCACUUUUCUCGCAGGAGAGAGACCCACGCUUUACCGAGAUGUACACGGGCAUCUCUGGCUCUGGCGAUAAGAAGAUGAUGGUUCCCUCUUCCACAGCUGGAGGACAGCAGCUCUACUCUCAGAGCUCUCCCUUCCAGCAGGGGCAUUCUGGAAAGAGCUUCAGCUCUUCUGUUAUCCAUGUUCCUGGGGUGAAUGACAUCCAGCAGUCGGGCUCAUCCAAUCAGAAUCUUGCACAGAUCACCAGACAGCUCAACCCAGGCCAGGUGGCAUGGUCAGGCAACCGACCCCCCUUUUCUGGACAGUCCAGUAAAGCCCAGUCCAGUCCGUUUGGUAUCGGAUCUGGUCACAGCUACCAGACCGACCCAGCCUCCUACAGCCCGCUGUCGUCUCCAGCCACUUCCUCGCCAAGCGGCAACGCCUACUCAGGACUGACAAACCGAAGCACAGCGUUUGACGUGUCGGGGGAGACCAACCAGAGUGGGGCCCAGUUCCAGGGUCGUCCUGGUGAGGUCUGGUCCCAGUGGCAAAACCAGCAUCACAGCCAGCAGGCUGGAGAACAGCACGCACACCCCAACCCCGGCCAGACAGAAGUCUUCCAGGACAUGUUACCCAUGGCUGGAGAUCCCACCCAGGGAACAGCCAACUACAACAUUGAAGACUUUGCUGACCUUGGCAUGUUCCCGCCCUUCUCUGAAUAAACUCCCCUACCUCCAUCGGUCUCCAUCUCAGAACAGAACUGAUCAUCUCUCUCUUGUUGUCAUAGUUUUGUAAAUUGCUACACAGCCCAGACACAAUGGAUCUGAAGCACGGUGAAUGUCUGGGUGCACUUUUCUUUUGCACUCGUGCAAACACAUUUCAGAAAUCCCAUGACUGCAGCGUACGUAUCUGUGAACAUGCAUCACUGCAAAUAGGAACUCUGCUGUCAGAUGAAGGAACAUCAUGAACCUGUGAAACAUCUUUGGACAAAGUCUGAAGCUCUUUAAACAAAUAUUGGAGGGUCACACUGAUGACCAAAGGUGGUUAGUAAACCCAUCAAUGCUACGUCAACAUUCAUGUACAAAGAUGAUCAAGAUUUAUGAUUGCACCAAGGGCUGGACACACUUCACCACAUAAUAUACUCCGCUAACCACUGUGGUAAUUACGUUUUGAGGAGUUAAGGCUUCUGGUAAGCCCUUACCAAAGAAAUGGCUGGAAAAAUCAAUGAUUGUUAGCAUAACAAGGGUUAUCUGUGACCCUCAUUUGCUGACCUUUUGUUUAGAAAAGCAGCUUUUCACCAUUUCUGAAAGUUAUCUGAGUUUACUCUGAAAACUUGCCAACGCCCCAAGCACAUCAUGUUAAAGAAACCAAAUUAGACUGGGUCCAGAAGAAAGCAGCCUAGCAAAGGUUGCCUUGAGAGGUAGUCCUUGGUCAGCGCAUCAGUUGGAGGGCAAACAAAGGGUCCGUUGCAAAAAAUGAUUCAAACUGAAAAAAAUCAGUGGCUAUUUUCCCUGACAGAUUUUAAAUUUAAUGCUGACCUUGAGAACUCAUAUCCUAACUCCAUACAUGCUCAAAAAGACCCAAAAGAAGCAAAAAACAGAAACAGACAAACAGGACUAUGGAGGACUGCGUCAGUAGUUCUGCUCUAUUGGUCUUCAUGAAUCUGGCCCUUGGUACAAGUCCAUCAGAUCCCAUAGUAAAGUAAGGCCAAUCAUUGAUCUCCUCUGGUCGUACCUGCAGUGAUUUUAGAGCGCAUCAGUCCAACUUACUACCGAUGUCCCAACGCUCUCAUACACAUAGAUACAGUCGGCACCAAGAAAAUGUCUGAUUCAAACCUGUGGUCUUGUUUUAUGUCAGUUAAAAUCUGCGCCCUAACCUAAAAGGCCUUUCUGCAGGCAUUUUUGGAAUCCUUUCAAGUACUAAAUUGAAAAACAAUUGCAGCCUUUUAUGCAAUUGUGUAAUUGCACUUGUGAUUGCAAUUAGCUUAAUCAUGCAGAACCAGUGACAGACCUAACGUCUCAUUAGGGACAUUUUAAAAAAGAGAUCAAUUAAAUCCUGGUCACAUAGCUGAAUGUCAUCAGUCAAAACAUCUACAACCUGAAACAUCUUCCUCCAAUACCUUUGGGCUUAUUUUAAAAAGAUCCAAAGAGACCAGCUCACCACAACAAUGUCUCCUGCAGCAAUUUCCUUCUGCUGGAGCAGCAUAACUGAUGCUCCUUUUACCCUUGUCAAGAUGCACUUUAGGGACAGAUAGCAAAAGUAAAUCUUUUGACUGAGUUACAAGACUGUCGCGUCCAGCACAUUUCAUAUGAAUAAAAAACACAAAUAUGAUAAAAAUAUAUAUUUGCUCAUGAUUUUAUGUAGGAGUGGUGAAUGAAGGCCACCAAACUCUAUCAUACACAGUACAAUGGUGAGUUAAGGUUUUUAGGUUGGUAAUGAACCUCAGUGCUCAACAGUAUUCAAAGAUUUGAGACAUUGAGAAUAUUCAUUCAUAUAUAGAACAUCAUCAUAAUCAGUCGUUAGCGACAAAGGGCCUGAUGCUGCAUAGGAACAGAAAUGAUGGUGUCAUCUGCAUAAAAAUGAGGCCCUUAUCUUGUUAAAAGCACCACGCCUGUGAUUCUCCUUCUCUUUAUGAUUGUAUUAAGAACUUGCAUAUGUGACACAACUUAUGGUGCAGCUCAAAGCCAUUUACAGCUCGAAAUAAACAGAAAAAUAGGAGAGAAACUGCAAAAACAUCUACUUUUGGGGAAAAAAAUGAAACAACUCCCAACUAGGCUGGCUACAGGUCUAAUUAAUACCACUGGUCUUCGUUUUUGUUUAAAAUCAACACAUUUGCUGCAUUACAGUCUUUGGGGAUUUUUUUCUCUCAUGCAGACUCCCGUCCCCCACCAUGACGCGAUGCCGACUGUAUCUAUUGUAGGUUUCUGUCUUGUCAUGUUGAAGAUGUCCACGUCCAUGCGGUGCAGCCUGUCUCACACCAUCACUGAUCUUGCCAGGCAGCAGCGGGGAGAAAGAAGCUAUUUUCCCUCGCUGCUGCCCUCUCUCCAUCCGUUAUGUUGUGUAACCUUUCUGUAGUGACGUCCAAAUGUCUGGGAUAAAAUUUAAUGAAGGAGUCUAUGUGUAAAUAAAGUUAAAAAAAGAACUCAUUGCAGACAUUUGCUAAGCUAAGGCUCAAAGUGCACUUCUUUUAGCUAACUUCUCAUCUCACUAGCCUACUAUAAAGGGUCAAAAAUCACCAUGCUGUCUAAGCAAAGUGCAGUAUUUACUAGUGUGUUUGGUGUAUUUCCGCUCUGGCUACUUGACUUUAUUACUUUGUUAUCUCUCAUCUCUAAAGAGACUGAAUAAUCCUUUUUAGCAGAGGAGCUUUUACAUGAUAGAUUGUAUAGUGUGUCUGACGGAUAGGUGGGAAAAGACGUCACAGUCCUUUUGCUAAAAAUUUUAAAUCGAUGUUUUUUGUAAAUAAUGUGAUUUUUAUGUGUUACUUUCCAAACAGUAUGUUUUUUUGUGUGUACGUUUCCAUCAUAUUGUGUGCAAUGUGAGAACAUAUUAAACUAUUGGUAUUUAGUUAGUCGGUUAAUUGUACAUUGAGUUCUAGACCUGUAUAAAUUGCGUAAAUGUGACCCACUAUUUUUGUGUAACAAAUCGUGCUUGUGAAAAUAAACGCUAAUUGAUUACGUGGCUUCAACUUA